CGCGGCGACAGGCCAGAGCCCUGCGACAGUCCUCGGGGCCCGGGCGGCGGCACUGCAGCCAUGUUCGGGUCCAGCCGCGGCGGGGUGCGCGGCGGGCAGGACCAGUUCAACUGGGAGGACGUGAAGACCGACAAGCAGCGGGAGAACUACCUGGGCAACUCGCUGAUGGCGCCGGUGGGCCGCUGGCAGAAGGGCCGCGACCUCACCUGGUACGCCAAGGGCCGGGAGCCGCGCGCUGGACCCAGCCGCGAGGAGGAGCUGGCGGCCGUGCGGGAGGCGGAGCGCGAGGCGCUGCUGGCCGCGCUAGGCUACAAGAACGUGAAGAAGCAGCCCACCGGCCUGAGCAAAGAGGACUUCGUGGAGAUCUGCAAGCGGGAAGCCGGCGACCCGGAGGAGAAGGGCGUGGAUCGGCUGCUGGGGCUGGGCAGCUCCAGUGGCUCCGCGGGCCGAGUGGCGCUGUCCCGGGAGGACAAAGAGGCUGCCAAGCUGGGGCUGUCGGUGUUCACGCACCACCGCGUAGAGAAUGGAGGGCGGGGGACCUCACCGGCCUCAGCCAGGAGGAAACCGCGCGCCGAGGACAAGGCGGAGCCUGACUCUGAGAGCCACAGGAAAAGCAAGAAAGAAAAGAAGAGAAAGAAGAAGAAGAAACACAAGAAACAAAAGAAGAAAGACAAGGAGCACAGGAGAGGGGCCACUACCUCUUCCUCGUCCCCAUCCCCUGCUCGGCCUGAACCCCGCCAGCGUGACUGCAACUCCCCCUGCUGCAAGAAGAGGCGGUGUGACAGCAGGGACAGUGGGAGGAGCCCCUCCCGCCAGCGGCACGCCAGAGACUCUGAUGCCUGAGACCCUGCCGUGGAGGCCUGUGCAGGUCCCAGUGGGCACCUCCCUCAGGGUGCCCUUCCUGUUCAGGUCGAGGCAGAGGGACCCUAGCCUUGCCUGCUGGGCUUCAGGAGCAGGGGCCUGCUUUGUGGAACUUCCUCCAGGUCCCAGUGAAGGGAGACUGCGAGCCCAGGGUGCCCUCUGUGGCCCUGCCUCAGCCCCCGGCCCUCCCGGCACAGGGGAGCCUGUGUUCCAGGACAGGUCUCUUCUCUGUCCUGUCUCCCACCGCAGCCUCCCCAGGCCGGCCCUCCUGAGGCUGUAGCUAUGGCUGAGUGUGGCUACUUCUAUUUUUCUUUACAUCAGUUUUGUACUUCAGUUUAUAUUAAAAGCAAAGUGUAUCAUCACAGAAUGGAAGGUGGCCCCAGCACCUGUCCUUCCUGUCCAGGGCCCUAGUGACCACUAACACCCUAAGGGAGCCCCUCGUGCUCCCACAUGGCCAGGGUAGAACCUUGGGAGGACUCCCCGAGAGGGACGACAGUGUGGGGGCAGCUUGGGAGUGGGGGCCUGCAGGGAGCCAAAGGCCCCCAGGGCCCACCUGCCUGCCUGCUCACCUGUGGAAGCCCUGUUCUGCCAUCCUACAAGGGACUGCAGGACUGCUUCUGGGGACAUGAAGGUGCUGGAGCUUAUAGGUGUGGACAGACAGCCCAGCCUGCGCUCCUGUGUGCUUGUGCACACACACAGGAAACCUUUUCUGUGGGGAUGGGGUAAGAUCCAGACCACACCCCAGCCCCUCUGCAGGUCCUCACCCUGCAGGUGGCCAGCUAGAGCUGAGAUUGUGCUCAGGUGAAGGCAGGCAGGGACACCUGGCCAGGGCAGUGGUCCACAGAGGGCAAGGUAUCAAGAGGAACUGAGGGAGGCCCCAUACUGUUUUCUGCCUGGGGGUGGGGGCUGCAGGCAGGAACAGCUGGCAGCCUCUGUCCCAGGUGGUGGGGUUAAACGGCAGGACAGACCUGAGCUAGGCUGGGACGCAGAGCACCACGUGAAGCCUACAU